CAAGGCGAGAUCAGCGAUCAUGCAGGAGCGAUACGGCAAGCUCCAGCUGGAGGACCCGUUCUCGGCGCUGAACCGAGACGCCCAGGAGGCGAGCGAGGAGGUACACGACAACUCGCCGGUCUACGCCAGCGCCAUGGUGCACCUGGAGGCUCUCAUCUCCCAGCAGAAGAAAACCCACCAGAAGAUGAUGAUACAGAUGACAGCAGCAGAGAAGAGACAUAAAAAGGUUGUCCAUGAACUUGAGGAGGAGAAGAGGAAACAUGCCCAGGACACGGCCCAGGGAGACGACGUCACCUACAUGCUGGAGAAGGAGAGGGAGAGGUUAAGUCAGCAGGUUGACUUCGAGAAAUCUCAGCUGCGGAAGAUGGAGAAGGACAAGAACAAGGCGGUGGCCAUGUUGGAGGAGGAGCGGGCACACCAUCAGCAGAUCGGGGUUCUCCUGGCCAAGGAGCGCAAACGUCUGGCCAGCAAACUCAUCCAGGAGAGACAGCAGCUUAAGGACGCACACAAGGGCCUGCAGGACGAGAAGGACAAGGUACGCAACAUGGCGGAGGGGCUGGUCCAGGAGAGCAAGAAGUCGCUGAAGAUGGAGGCUGAGAUGGAGAAACAGCUGUCCGAGUUUGACAUCGAGCGGGAACAGCUCAGAUCCAAGCUGAGCCGAGAGGAGGCAAAGAACCGAGACCUGCAGACAGAGGUGGACGAGUACAGAAAACAGCUCGAAGACAUGCGGAAGAGUCUCCUAAAGGGCGCCGCCAGUGGGGACGUGGUAAAGCCGAGAGCUAUCCUUAGGAGUGCUGGGACACAGACAGAAAACCCACCUGAGAACGAGGUAAGAAGACGGGAGGGUGUUGGAGCCGCCGCAGAGAGUAAGAACUAUGUAAGUACCGUGAAGCAGAAUCUACUAAGAAGUGCUGAGAACACAGACGCAGCAGAAAAGGCGACGACUACGAAAGAGACGAGGAAAACUUCCCCGUGGCUCAAAAACGCGCCCGACAAGCCGGUCGUAUCCGCCUGGGGACCGAACCCCUUCCCCUGCGCGUCCGUCGAAACCGAGCAUCACCACGGGAAGGCGGACUUGGAGAGCAGCAGCGACAGCGAAGACGACAAGACGGUCAUUGAGAACGUUCCGCCUGUAAGUUUUAAGGCAGGUAUGGUAGCUUCUUCCACCGGUCAAGGCAGUCCAAGCCAGACAUCUUCCACCUUGAGCCCGUACUCCAGAGUACAGUCUACGAAACUCCUGUUUUCUCCCAAGGGCUCUACUCGAUCGACUUCCUCCUCUUCCUCUCCCUCCUCCUCCUCCUCUACAUCCCCAUCUCCCGAAAGCCCCAACACGUCUUCUGUCACGUCGGUGGGCGGUGCGGGGAGCAUGGUCACUAAGGCAGUCUUUAAGUUUAGCGGGGACCAACAGGAUAGUACCGGCAGGACUCACUUGAAAGGCUACGGCACGGCCGGUUCGCCGACGCUUAAGAUCUCGAACGCGGACUCAGAGUUGGCGAUUACAGAGUCACAGAGCAAGGCUGCGGAGAGAAGUCCGGAUGCCAAAGUCACCUCCCCGCCUGCGAAAGCAUUAGGAUCGCUAGUCGUGUCUCCUACAUCAGUCUCACCCGGAGCAAGGAGACUGCCAGGGAAGGGUCCACCGCCGAUCCCUAAGAAACCCCUCCACAUUCCGCAGCCGAACCCUGCUCUGAAGGAUGGACGGAAUUCCCCGGGAGUCGGGAUGAAGCUGGAGGUGAGGAAGCAAGCCGUCGCCGCUCCCAUCAAGUCUGUUGCAACAACGCCCCCUACCCCAAAGUCGGGGUACAGCAGGGGUAGCUCGGGUAGCUCUGGAAGCUCAACGUCGGAUUCAGACAACAGUCCGAACAGCCCGCACCCCGUGACACCAGGGAGCGCCCGUGUGGGGCAGCGGUACGGCACGCCUCUGUCCAACGUCGCGUAUAACAGACACGCCGGCGUGCGAUCACCCACAGCCAACAACAACAACAGGCCAAGCUCUCUGGCCUCUGCUGCCAACAACAAAUCAGGAUCAGUCUCUCAUUCCAGCAGCCAAUCAGCGCCCUCCUCUCAAACCGCCAGCAACCAAUCAGAAGCAGCCGAGACGACGUCCAAGAAGACAAGCCAGGUGGGUGCAGAUCCGUCGCCUAGCAACGCUGCAGCCCCGCCCAUUCACGAUGAUUUCAGUUCUGAUAUGGCAGAGAUCCAUCAGCUGCUUACUGAAAUGAUGGCAGAUGGUACAUCUGGUAUGACCGGUGAGCGCGGCCCGGCUUCCCCGCGAUCCUCCGAGAUGUCCAACUGCCCGCCAUCCCAACUUUCGCCAUCCGAUAGCCCGACGAGGAAGCUCUCUACACUGAAGAUAGAAAUCGGCGGCGGUGGGGGCAAGUUGGACGCACGCCGCCGGGAAAAACACACUACCUCAAACUUUCUCUACCUGCCAGCCGAGAAGGAAUCGCAGUGCUUCGAAUCAUCAUCAGACAACGACGACAACAACACAGUGCCAAACGACAACGCGAAAUCUACCGACGCCAAACACAGUGAUUCUUCUAAUAACGAUGAAAAAAACAAUGGCGCUCCACAGAAAACGGCAGAAGCCGACACAGUAGAAGGUGAAGUAGCGGAACUCUGUAAGACUUUGCUGAAGAAGGGAGGAUUGGGAGAAGAGACUCCAGUUCGAGGGAUUCCCAACCGACUGCACCAAGCUGCAGGGGAGGGGGAUGUGACUAUGGUGGAGCAGCUGUUGGAGGAAGGAGCAGACCCUAACACGACAGAGAGGGACGGGUCCACACCUGUGUAUGCCGCAGCUGAAGGAGGACAUCUAGACUGCCUUGAGCUGUUGCUCUCUCACAACGGAGACCCAAACUCUCUCCGUGAUGACAACUUCACACCGCUCCAUGGAGCAGCCGCUGAGGGCCACACGGGAUGUUUGAAGCUGCUGUUGGAGCGAGGAGCCCACCCCGGGCUGCCAGACAAGGCGGGGUGGUCCCCCCUGUACUGGGCGGUGUCUAACGGACACACCGACUGCUGCAGCACACUGCUGGACUACUUCGCAUCUCGUGCAGCAGUCACUGAUGUUGGUUGGACGCCACUCCACGGAGCCUGUCGCUCGGGCCAUGUGAGCUGCCUCAAAGUUCUCCUGUACUACGACCCUCUGGCCAGCGACAUUCAGGACCAGGCCAGCCCGCUGACCGCUCGACCGGCCCUGGUCAGCAAGGACGUCAUCAACGCGGUGGACAGGGACGGUUGGACUGCAGCGCACGUCGCAGCCUCUAGGGGGUUCAAGGACUGUCUGGAGCUACUGUGUGGCCACCCUGAGCUGGACCUGACCAUCAGGGACAAGUGGGACCGACUGGUGCAGGAUGUGGCAGUGGGAGACUGUCAGGGACUGGUGGAGGACAUCGGAAAGAGAAAAGUCUCAGUUGUGAUAGACACCAGCAGUGAACCCCUGGCCCCAGCCCGCACCCCGCCCACCCCUGCUGGGAAAGAAGAGGACCUGUAUGUACUGGGCUGUCUCACUCUGGAGCGGGGGACAGACUGGAGUCAGUUUGAUGCUGAUGUUGGGGCUGUGCUAGUGCAGAACUCCAAGAAGCUGAGUGUAGCCUCAGAACUCCUGACAGAUGUGGAGGAAGUGGACGCAGACAUCUCAGCAGACGGGCACGUGUCAGAGCUGGGACUCACUGCUAACAGUAUCAGGUCAUACACAUAUGGUACCAUCUCCUGGAGUCCUGCCACAGAGUUUGACACUCCUCCUUAUGACUUCUUUACUGCCAAGAAACAUCUUGCCAUCAGGCUGAAGGGACCAGAUGAAGAUUGUGUGGAUAAGUUGGCCUACGAGUCCAUGAUCCCAGUGCAGACACUACAGAACUAUCUCCGACUGAUAGAACAGUACAAGAGCGUUGUGUUUUACGGCCCCCCCGGUACGGGUAAGACCUUCAUCGUGAGGAAGCUGGCCGAGUGCAUCAGACACAAACAGCAGCAGGGCGGGGUACAGGCAGACAUCUCUCAUGUCGCUCUCAGCCCCAAGUACACUCACAGGGACUUACUGCAGCUGCUCAGGUCUAAAGGUUUCCUAUUACCAGCGGACUCUGCCACCUCGGCUGAAGGACCACAGAAGGCUCCCAUCCUGAUCUUGGAUGACCUUGGCCGUGUCUCGCUGUCGGAGGUACUGGGGGAACUACUGUACGCACUGGAGUACCGCGGGCCGCAGCAUCCAAUCAGCAUGAAGAUUGAUGAGGAAGGUCCCAAAGACGAUGACGGCAGCAGCAGUGGUGCGUACUUCCUGUCUGAAGACUGUUACAUCAUCGGCACCAUGGACAAGUCUCACUCCCCUGGCUUGGACCUGUCUGUGCAGCAGAGGUUCCGCUGGGUGCACCUGAAGUGUGACAGUGAGCCGGUGAGGGGACUUCUGCAGAGACACCUGCGCAGGAGACUCAUCAGCGCUCAUGGCGGGCAGCUGCCCAGUACCGAGGACCAGGUGUACAAGGCAGUAGAGUGGGUAGCUGCGGUGUGGCAGAGACUGAACGCCUGUCUGGCCAAGCUGGGUCUGCCUGACCUGGUGCUGGGACCCAGACACUUCUUCACCUGUCCCAUCGAAGCCACUAAAGUCAAGGCUAUCCUCAGAUGGUUGAGUCUGUCCUGGAACCAUGCCAUAGCUCCUGGAGUGGAAGAUGCCAUGUUGAGGGGGUUGUCAUCCCAGAACCAGCAGAAACUGGCCAGCACUGCGCUGUCUGUCCUGCUGCAGAGGGCUGUCAUCCCUGGCUGUCCACUGUCCGGCCAAGAGGCAGAGCGUUACUUGUCGAGUUUCCGCGGAGGUUACGAGGGAAUGGUCAGCCUGCUGAACACCGCCAAACGCUCCGCAGCAAGAGCCAAGCGUUCGCGGUCAGCCCAGAAGAGAAACGGGUCGGGAAAGGACAGCGACAGUCAGGAUUCUGACAGCAGCACCGCCGCAGAAGGAGACUCAGGUGUGGAUAGCCCUGACAGCCCCCUCAGCCCCACUGGACCCCCCGGCAGUACAUUGACUGGUUCCCCUGGCAAGAAGAGACCCACCUCAGAACUGGCCAGAAGAGUCAUUGAAAACCUCCAUGCCAGUCAUCAUGCAAGCUCCCCGGACCUCCGCUCGGCCAGCCUGAGUAACCUGGCGUACCUCGGGGCGUCUUCCAUGGACGGGGACGUCUUGAAGAUGCUGCUGAAGAUGCAGACCAGCAAGUCAGAGUCCAACCUAAACACCGUCAUUGAACUGCACGACCACAUCUUUAACAUGCACUCAAGAGGGGGAACCAUCAAGAGGAGGCCAAAAGUCAAGGCAAGCUCACAGACCCAGCCUAAAGAAGUCAAAAGGGAGUCCUCAGAGGAAGAAGACAAUCCAGAGACAAAAGACAAAGAUGGGAGUGACGACAAGGAGCCCCUGCAGUUCCAGACUGAUCAGACAGAGGGCACUGUAGGAGACGAAGUAUGGAGUCUUAGGCAGGAUCUUCAGUAGAGAGGGAAGAACAAAGGAGUUUUUGUUGUACCCAAGAAGCACGUCGGCAGAACGUACUGCACCUGUGCGAAACCCGUAAU